AUGUAUGGUUUAGGUUUCACACUUUCACUUUCCCGUUUCCUUCUUCCGCCCAAAACGAGUACGACGACUUCACAGUUCACACUCCCACCUAAAAGGCCAACUGGCCAAGACGCGACGAUCCCAAUCGGCCAAUCCCGUCACAGCAUCGUUGACGAGACGACGAAAAAGUCACCAUUACGACUUGGACUUUCUAUAUUGCCUGUCGACGUUGCGUCAUUGUCGAAAUCGGACAUAUCCUUACACCCCAUCGACGAAAUCAGAGUGCUCACUUACGCUAGUCGACUUCCACCGCGACUUCGUCUCUCUAGUCUCCACAAUUCGAACACGAUUACACGAAUAGCCAAAUAAAAGCAUUUUCGAAGAGAUGGACUAAAAUUGACAAAAUAUGGAACUUUGGAGGCUUGAGGGAAAGAAGAAAUAAAACUCAAAAAAUCUCGUACUAACGACGUGAGUAAUUGAAGGCUCACGACGUGAGUAGAGUGUUCUAGAAGAUAUGCAUCGGAUGAAGAAGAGUCCUUGUCGAAUACGUUAAUCUCGCAUUCACGUCGUGAGGCUUAUCUGCUCACGACGUGAGAUUGGAAAAAUCAAAAAGUAUAUAAACUCUUGUCCAUUACAACUUGGGAGAAUUUUGGCUACCUUGGAGGGUUCCUGGACACGAAUUGGAGAAGAAGAAAAGUUCUGGAAUUGGUUUUCAACACCAAGGAAGAAGAAGUUCAAUAUUUGAUUCAUAUUUUGGUACAUUUAAACAUGUUUUUGAUUAGGGAUUUUGUUUGCUUAGUUGCUAGUAUGUCCAGC